UAACCUAAGUUAUUUAUAAUAGGACCUACGAUCUUUUGUUUUAGUCCACAACUUGCUUUACCGGACUGCAGUCUUGGAUAGAAAAAAUACUUACUAAGCUAGAUAGAGUAAUAGGUCAGUAAAAUGUGUCCAAAAUCUCCGGAGCAAGCGUCAGUGGUAGAAGAAAGAGAAGAGAAAAGUGCAGAGUUUGAGAAGUUGAUAGCUCCACAGGCUGGUCCUAGGAAGUUCAACAUAGUUUACUUCAAUCUGCUAACCUUCGGAUAUUGGCACCUGGCCGGGGCUUAUGGACUGUACUUGUGCUUUACUUCGGCUAAGUUCGCCACUGUACUCUUUGCAAUCCUGACCUACACAGCAGCAGAGAUCGGCAUCACUGCUGGGGCCCACCGUCUCUGGUCGCACAAGGCUUACAAAGCCAAGCUUCCUCUUCAGAUCAUCCUGAUGACAUUCAACACAUUGGCCUUCCAAAACUCCGCCAUAGAGUGGGUGAGAGACCACAGACUGCACCACAAGUACAGCGACACAGAUGCUGAUCCCCACAACGCUACUCGAGGUUUCUUCUACUCUCAUGUCGGCUGGUUGCUUGUGAGGAAGCAUUCGGAGGUUAAAAAGCGGGGGAAGACGAUUGAUAUGAGUGAUAUGUAUAGCAAUCCCGUGCUGGCGUUUCAGAAAAGAUACAUAGUACCAUGGGUAAUACUAGUGACUUUCCUCCUGCCCACUAUCAUACCAGUUUACUUAUGGAACGAAUCACUAUGGACCUCCUGGCACGUCACAAUGCUGCGGUAUGUGGCCAACCUCAACGCCACAUUCCUCGUCAACAGCGCCGCUCAUUUAUGGGGCUACAAACCUUAUGAUAAGAACAUUAUGCCCGCUCAGAAUAUAUCAGUCUCUUUGGCGACGUUUGGCGAAGGGUUCCACAACUACCACCACGUCUUCCCGUGGGACUACAAAGCAGCUGAAUUAGGGAAUAAUAGAUAUAACUUGACUACAAAGUUCAUAGAUUUCUUUGCGUGGAUCGGGUGGGCGUAUGAUUUGAAGUCGGUGUCGGAGGAGCUGGUUGUGAAUAGGAUGAGAAGGACGGGGGAUGGAAGCAACUUGUGGGGGUGGGGUGAUAAGGACAUGACUGAAGACGAUAGGAAUGGAUCCUUGGUGACAUCGAAAUCGGUAGUACAAUAAAUUAUGUGGCUAAA